AUGUCAAAGGCCUCAGACAAAAAGUUACGGAGCAAUUCCAACAGUCUGUCCGACUCAUCAGUUAUCAGACAAUCUCAAGAGGCACUGCCCUUAGUGCCUUCAGAAGAAUUUUUAGAGAAGCUGAUCGAAAAAGUUUGUAAGAAACUGGUUGUGACCUUGGAGAACAAAAUUGAUCAGAAAUUUGAAGAUUUGAAUCAGAAAAUACUCAGAAUGGGAGAAAAUGUUAGCAAAGUUGAGAGAAGAAUACAAGAUAAUGAAUAUGAAGUUCAGUCUCUCAAUGCUAUUGUUGAUCAAUUGGGAAGAAAAAACAGUCUUAGAAUAAGCGGAGUACCUGAGCACGAUAAAGAGGAUAUUUUGGAAACGACAUUGGCAUUCUUGAAUAAACAUUUGAAUAUUUCCUGCUCCCAAUCAGACAUUGAUGAUGUAUUCAGAAUCGGAACUGUGAAGACAAAGACGGGAUUUCGCACAAUACUUGUCCGUUUUGUUACAACCAUGAUGAGAAACAAAGUCUAUCAGGCGAAGAAAUUGCUGAAAAAUAUGGGAAUUUCAAUAUUUGAAGAUUUGUCCAAAUCAAACUAUGAAUUGUUCCAGCUAGCUCAAAGAAAACAUGGUAGAAAAAACGUUUGGACCAUGGGAGGCAAACUGUUCAUAAAAGAAAAUGAAGCGAAGAGAUUGGUAAACACUAUUAAGGACCUGUAA